GCCGAGGCACAGACAGCCGCCACCACCACUGUAUGAUACCUCGAAUACCUAUGUCGACGAGUAAACAAACCAGACUGAGCGCGGACAACCCAGGUUCUCCUUCUUAUAUCAACCGUCCACGAGCCCAAGAAAUUCCAAGAGAUUUCCAAGCCCAUCCAAGCCCAUCCAGACCAUCCAGACCAUCCAAGAAAAGCUUAUUGGUCCCAACACACCCCUUCGCCGCACAGCCAUGCCCUCAAUAGCGCCGCUUUCCAAGUCCCAGCAGCUCCGCCGACGGUACGGCAUCCCAGACCUAAAAACGGCGGCACCGGCAUCACCAGCGGCGGCCUCCUGCGGCUCCUGCAGCUCCUGCAGCCCCACCUGUUCACCACGGCCGCCGCUCUCCCGGCGAUCCUCAUCACCGCUCAUAUACUGGCUCCGCACGCACCCGUUAUCCAAGAAGUCCGCACACACCCCGCACACCCCGCACACCCAGCCCUUACAGCUCCCCGCGCUCACAGCCCAGCUCACAGCACUAGACGCAGAGCUCGCCAGCAUCUCGUGGGAGGUGUUAUCCCACCGCACACAGCUCCGCGCCAGCGCCAGUCUCGCGGAAGUGGUCCAUGCGCUGCGCACGCGGCACGUGGGCCUGCGGGCGCGGGUGCGCGCCGCAAGGGACGUCUAUGCGCACGUCGAGGGCGCGCUGUAUCUUCUUGGGAAGACGGGCGUGGGGAAGUUGAAUGUGGGUGUGGGUGGGCCCGGUGGGGAGGAAAGGCUGGUUGGCCUGGUUGGGUUCCUGGGUGGGGAGCUGGAAGGCGUUGAGGCGCAGCUGGAGCAGGCGGAGGAGGAGUGCGCAAGGAGGGUGCUCAGACCGGUUGGGUUGGAGGUCAGUUUGGUUCUCGAUUAG